UAGCAUUCUUUUAUUCGGAGAAAGAGAAUUAGAAGAAAGAAAAAAAACAAUAAGCGACAAUGUUGGUGUACCAAGAUCUUCUCACCGGUGAUGAACUUCUGUCUGAUUCUUUCCCUUACAAGGAGAUUGAGAAUGGUAUUCUUUGGGAAGUUGAAGGAAAGUGGACUACCGUUGGAGCUGUGGAUGUGAACAUUGGUGCCAAUCCCUCUGCCGAAGAAGGUGGUGAGGACGAGGGUGUUGAUGACACGACUCAAAAGGUUGUUGACAUUGUGGACACCUUCAGACUUCAGGAGCAGCCGACUUAUGAUAAGAAGGGUUUCAUCGCCUAUAUUAAAAAGUACAUCAAGCUUUUGACACCAAAGCUCAACGAGGAAGAUCAAGCAGCCUUCAAGAAGGGUAUUGAGGGAGCUACCAAGUUCUUGCUCCCCAAGCUCAAUGACUUCCAAUUCUUUGUUGGGGAGGGGAUGCAUGAUGACAGCACUUUGGUCUUUGCUUACUACAAGGAGGGUGCAACUAACCCAACAUUUUUGUACUUUGGACAUGGUUUGAAGGAGGUCAAGUGCUGAGUUAGAAGCUCUCGUCAGGUUACUGUGUCGGUCGCAGCCACUUUAUUUUGUUCCGUGUUUUGUGUUCUAUUAAAAUUACCUACCACAAGUUUGCUUCUCUUCUCCUUGAUUUAUAUCAUUUACUAUUAAUUGAA